ACCGCCAGGGCCCGCGAGAGCGCCUCGCCUCGCGUUGCGCUGCCCUCCGCUGGGUCCCCUUUUUCUGUGUUGUCAUUUUCGUGCUGACCUGUUGUUGUUGUUGUUGAUCUGGUGGUGGAGACGGUUCCUGGUGGACAGAGAGCAGCCAACAGCACACAGACCAUGUCCGACGUUCUCACUCCCACCCAGGCGGCCACGCCGGUCGACAGCGACCCUAAGAUCAUACGCAGAAAGCUCAACGGCUACGUUGGGUUUGCCAACCUCCCUAAGCAAUGGCACAGAAAGUCCAUCAGAAGAGGGUUCAACUUCAACCUCAUGGUUGUGGGAGAAAAAGGGUUGGGGAAGUCGACGCUCAUGAACACGCUUUUUAACAAAGACCUCUACGACUUGAAUACGCACGAGUCGCAGAUGAAGUUCGACGUGGACAUCACGGAGGACUCGCUGACCCCGUCGAUCAGAAUCGACACGUUGAACACGGAGAUCGAGGAAAACAACGUGAAGUUGAACCUCUCGAUCAUUGACUGCGUCGGGUUCGGCAGCUCCAUCGACUUGACGAACUCUUGGAAACCCAUUGUCGACGAAAUCGACUCGAGGUUCGACUCCUUCUUGGAGGCCGAGACCAAAAUCAACCGAUCCUCCUCCAUCCAGGACAACAGAAUACACGCCCUCUUGUACUUCAUCGAGCCCACCGGCCACUGCUUGAAGCCCUUGGACAUCAACUUCAUGAAGCAGGUCCACGAGAAGGUGAACUUGAUCCCCAUCGUCGCCAAGUCGGACAUCUUGACCGAAACCGAGAUCCAGGACUUCAAGUCGAAGAUCUUGCAAGACUUGAACAACCAGAACAUAAAGAUCUUCAACCCGAUCAGCUACGAAAACGACGAUGAAGAAACCAAGAUGAUGAACCACGACAUCAUCUCCAAAAUCCCAUACGCCAUUGUCGGAUCAAACAACCUCAUCAAAUUGAACGACGGGAGGUUGGUCAGAGGUAGAAGCUACCCAUGGGGUAUCAUUGAAAUCGACAACGAACAACAUUGCGACUUCAUCAAGUUGAGACAGUUGUUGAUCAGAAACUUCAUGGAGGAAUUGAAGGACUUGACCUCCAAGAAAUUGUACGAAAAUUACAGAUCUAACAAGUUGGCCAAGAUGGGCAUCCUCCAGGAUGACUCCGUCUUCAAGGAAUUCGACCCGAUCCUCAAGCAAGAAGAGGAGAAGAAGCUUCACGAAGCCAAGUUGGCCAACUUGGAAAACCAGAUGAAGCAAAUAUUCCAGCAGAAGGUCAGCAGAGAGGAGAAAAAAUUACAAGAAACUGAGGCCGAUUUGUUCAGCAAGCAUAAGGAGAUGAGAGAUAAGCUCUUGAAGCAGAUCAAGAUGUUGGAGGAAAAGAAGAAGGAGUUGGAGUCCAACAGCAAGUUGAUUGACCAACAGAUCCACCAACCUCAACAACCACAACCAAUGCAGUCUCCUCAACUCCAGCAGCCUCAACAACCAACUAAAACCAGAAAGGGGUUUUUGCGUGGUUAGUCGACCAGCUCCAUCUUUC